AUGUUCAGAGCUAAGAUUUCGGGGCGUGCGCAGGCGCAAGAAUCCUUGAAAAGUUCCCGCAACAGCUGCUGGUAGCGUCCUCCGGCCGGUAGAGGGGGCCACCGAAACGCUCCGCUACCGGGCGCAGGCUUGGAGCUGAGCCAACCGCGCAUGCGCGCUAGUCCUCUGCUAGAGAGAUGGCCGAGUCCCCCGCCACCAAGAGGAAGCGUGAGGAGAAAGAGGGAGAGAACGGGUCCGCCGCGUCCCACAAGGAACGGCCGGCCGCCGGCGACUUCCCUUUGGCCAAGCUCUCCGUGCUGAAAGUGCUGAGGGAGUCUGCGCGGGAAAAGGCGAUCUUCCUCCACGGGCGGGUGAGUAGUGCUUCUGGGGAUGAGACAGAUGCUGUUGUGAUUCUUGAGAAGAUUCCUUUCCAGGAAGAGAACAUCACUGAACUCCUAAAGAAGCACACUGCCCUUCACCUCCAGAUGUCCAAUGAUAUUUACAGCACUUACCGCCUUUUGCUUCCUCCAGAAUUAAAUGAGAUAAAAACUACCGUGGUGUACCCAGCGACUGAAAAACACCUUCAAAAAUACUUGUGUCGGGCAGUGUAUCUCAUCCGGGAGACUGGGGAGGAUUACAAGAACGUCACUCUGCCUUUCAUAGAAUCACAGAGUUUCAGCAUUCAGUGGGUAUACAACAUCUUGGAGAAGAAGGCUGAGGCUGAUCGAAUUAUCUAUGAAAAUCCAGAUCCCAUCAACGGUUUUGUUCUUAUUCCAGAUUUUAAAUGGAAUCAAAAACAGCUUGACGAUUUAUACUUAAUCGCCAUCUGCCACCGUAGGGGAAUCAAGUCACUGAGAGAUCUUACGGAUGAGCAUCUCCCUUUGCUUAGGAACAUCUCGCAAGAAGGAGGGGAAGCCAUACAAAAGCGCUUUGGCCUCAUGAAGACCCAGCUGCGGGUUUACUUCCAUUACCAGCCAUCAUAUUACCAUCUUCAUGUGCAUUUCACCGCCCUGAGCUACGAUGCCCCGGGGUGCUCUGUGGAGCGGGCCCACCUCCUUUCCGAUGUGAUGUAUAAUCUGGAGCUUGACUCACAGUAUUAUCAAAAGUGCCCCUUGGCCUUUGCUGUCCGAGCAGAUGAGCCUCUGCUGAAGGAAUUCCAGGAAGCUGGUAAAGCCUGAACAACUGAGGAUGUUGAAGAAAGAAUGGAAUACACACACACACACACACACACAAAUGAAAUAAUACCUUUAUAUGGUCUGUAAGGUAUUUUGUUUUUUUUAAGACUUAAUUUGUAUGCCUUUCUAUUGGAAUAUGUUUUUUUUAAAUCAAUAAAUAGCUGUUUUCAGGAGUUCAGGAUAUAUCUUCCUUCCCCCAGCCCCACCCUUUUCUGGACCAUGUUUUGAUGCCCUGAGCACUUCUAGUUAAAAACCAGAGGCUAAGGAAUCCGUGGCCCUUCAGAUGUUGUUGGGCCCCAGUUCCCAUUUACCCAAACCAGCAUGACUAAUGGAUACAAUUGAUAGUAUCUGAGAACAAACAGAACUUGGAAGGCCACAGGCAUCGCAUUCCUGUGCUAUAUGGACCAUGGAUCUGACCUUUUAGAUACCAGCAGUAGGCAGGCUGGUGCCCUUCAAAAUAUUUUGCAGUUCAACAUCCUUCAGCCCCACCAGCUUGCAUGAUGAUGAGGGAUUUAUUCAAAAAAGAUCUGGAAAGCAUCGUGAUGCAAGGAAUGGCAUAUAUGCUUCAUGCUUCCAUUCCUUUCUGCUAAAUCUUGCAAUAUUGUAUUGAGCUCUGGUCCUGUUUUAAAGCUGCAAUACUGUACAUUAUCCUGGUUCUCUUCCCCAGCCUGGGUACCCUUCAGAUGUUUUGGACUACAGUUGAUCAUCUGACCAUUGGCUACCAAGUAUCAUGAAUGGAGAAGGAAGCUCCACAUGCUUAACCUGGAAAAAAGCCACAUCUAAAACAGUGACAAUUUCCAUACAAAAAUGGAUUAGGGUGCUCUGUAAAAAUCGUAAGAGAAGAACAUAUUUGCAGCCUAUGAAAAUUGGUCUUUGUUUCCCAGAUCUCAUAUUCCCUUCUUGGACUUUUCAGUCAAUAGUGUCUAGUCACUGUAUUGGUUCUGUCUUGCUUAGGGAUGGGCCAUGUGUGGCCCUCCAGAUGUUGAACUCCAAUUUGCCUAGUCUUAGCCAAUAAGGGAUGAUUGCAGCUGCAGGCCAACAUCUGGAGGGCCACCCACUGCCUACCACUGCUCUAAGUCCUUAUGUGACUUCUUUGUUCCAAUAAAGCUGACCAUGUGUUUCCUGUAAAGCAA